AUGUCGGCCGUGCGAAGUAUAUGCCCACUUCUUCGUGAUAUCCCACUGGAGGUGCUUGCCGAGAAGUACAACGAAACCCUUAAUCAUGUUUACGACAAAUGUCUCCAAAAUGAGAUAGCGCACGAAUACCACGAUGCAGAGAAAGUCAAGCUCUUUUUCAAGAGUCUAGACCUUGAAGAACCAGGCUCCCAACGCAUCGAGCAUUUUCGGAAUGUGUACAAAACCGCAUACAGAAAGAAUCGAAGCGUUAUGCCGGGAAGCAUCCAGAUUCUGGCUGGACUUGGAGAGAAUGGUUAUCGCACUGCUAUUAUCACGAAUGGCCCGACCGAAAGCCAGAUAGAAAAAGCUAAAGCCAUUGGUGUCUUCGAUCUCGUUGAAUACAUCAUCACGUCCGAAGAAGCUGGAAACCCCAAGCCUGACGUCAGGAUAUUCCAGUAUGCGUUGGAGAAGCUGGAGUUGAAACCAUAUGACGCGUAUAUGGUUGGUGAUUCUGUCGAGGCUGAUGUCAAGGGUGCUCUCGAUGCGAGAAUAACGCCUAUUCUGUACCCCCCCUCUUCCAACAGCUCCUUGGAAGUGUUAUUUGGAAGGGAAAUUCCGGUUAUCCGUCAAUUCGACCAGCUGCCGCUGGUUCUGGUGCUCCCACUGAAUUCUAUCUUGAACCGAGUUUACCCACACCAAGGCAGAUGA